UUUUCUAAAAUAAUUUAAAGCCACUUUGUUUUACUUUUCUUGCUUAGAUCCAUCAAAAGCUUCCUUUCGCAAAAGUAAGUUCCUUUGAACAUCACAAUCCAAAGAAAUUUGCUGCCCAAUAAUUAAUGUGACGCAUGAAACUAAAUUAACCACUUAGAAAAUAAUUAUAACUCUGGAUUCGUUUGAGUUAACUCAAACGCAGAUACAACAGCUGAAUAAUAUGAUUUAAUUUUUCUUCAACUUCACCUUUUUUUUAUUAUUCCAAUCUUGCGCCCAUGGAAAUAACUUUACACUGAAGUCGGCAAACUGCAGCGCUUUCUUCGCUACUUUCGCCGCAUGUCGGCAUCGUCCAAUGAAAACCAAGAACACGAGGCGGCGGACGACUGUGAAAGAAACACCGACAACAGUCAAACAAGUCCCGAAAAUGAGGACGGCGACGAAAAGAGAAAAACCUGCGAAAACCAAGGAUCCCGACCGAGCGACUACUUACCUCACCUGCCGCGCGAGGAACCACCGGACCACGCUGGCGAGGUGCUGGCGGCUUACGGCUACGUGUUAGGAGAUUCGUUAGGUAAAGGUUCCUACGCAGUUGUUAAAGUGGCAUUUUCCAAGAAACUAAAGCGGCAGGUGGCCAUAAAGAUCGUCCUGAAGAAAAAGGCGCCUGAAGAUUACAUUACGAAAUUUCUACCUCGCGAGAUCUCCGUCAUGAAACAACUCAGUCAUCCGAACAUCAUUAGACUUCACGAAGCCAUUGAAACAAGCUCGCGAAUUUACCUUGUUAUGGACAUGGCGGACGGUGGCGACUUGCUCGAUUACAUCAAGACGAACGGUCCGGUUAGCGAGCCUGAAGCGCGCAAGUUUUUCCAUCAAUUGGUCGACGCCUCGGAAUACCUUCAUAGUUUGGACGUAGUGCACAGAGAUUUAAAAUGCGAAAAUAUUUUACUGGAUCGCAACAAAAACAUCUUGCUUUCGGAUUUUGGUUUUGCCAGGACUCAGCCCAUGGAGUACGACACAGGGAAAAGGAGGCUGAGUAUGACGUUCUGUGGAUCGUACGCUUACGCUCCGCCUGAAAUUCUUCGUGGUAUCGCAUACGAUGGAACUCGUUCGGAUGUGUGGAGUCUGGGAGUUGUGCUGUUCACCACGCUAUGCGCAAAAUUACCUUACGAUGACUCAAACCUCAGAUUGCUAAUGGAACAGGUCUCGAAGACAGUCGUUUUUCCCAAGAAGCGGAACGUCUCCGAGGAAGCCAAACAUCUCAUCUUAAAGAUGCUUCGUGUCGAGAACGAAAGAAUUGACAUCUCGGGAAUCAAGAAUCACCCAUGGUACACAGGUAAGAGGAUGAACGAAUGGCUGAAGGAGGGCAAGAAAAACGAGAUCCUUGUAAAGGACAAAUCGCACGACUCGGGAUUGGGAAAUGAGGCUGAAAGCGUUACUCAGGACAUGAAGGAAUUGUUUCAGUAUAGCGUUGCCGGCCAAGCGGCCCGUAAUAUCGAACAACUCGCUACCACAUUUUCCGGUCGGGGUCUUCACAAGUAUCGUGGCUGUAAACUAACUAUUUCAGAAAUCUUUUAUGAAAUGCUAUGGUCUUAUGCCUACUUUGUGCCUUGUCAGGUCUCGAAGACAGUCGUUUUUCCCAAGAAGCGGAACGUCUCCGAGGAAGCCAAACAUCUCAUCUUAAAGAUGCUUCGUGUCGAGAACGAAAGAAUUGACAUCUCGGGAAUCAAGAAUCACCCAUGGUACACAGGUAAGAGGAUGAACGAAUGGCUGAAGGAGGGCAAGAAAAACGAGAUCCUUGUAAAGGACAAAUCGCACGACUCGGGAUUGGGAAAUGAGGCUGAAAGCGUUACUCAGGACAUGAAGGAAUAAUGAGCGAGUAAGAAGGUACGGGGGAAGUCACUGGUAAUAUCUAAGAACAUGAUCUGCUUCCAAAAGCAACCAGAAUCCCGAAGGUACGAUUUUGGUCGGACUUCCAAACUGGAAAAUGUCUGCCUGAUAAAAUUACGCAAAGGUGUACGGUUUGAUUAAGGGAAUACAAGUGGGCAAAUGACGGAAUGACCCACACGCAAGUCACCAUCAUGCAAGACCAUUAACGAAGGCAGAAACGUGUGAGAUUUUGAAAGAAGCGUAAGACAAUUUAGAGAAAAGACCGAAAGCUAGCUUUGACAGGCAAUAAUUCAGGAAAGCUAAAUAAACAACGAACAAUGUGGUCUCAAGCGUUGUCUCUUCCCAUCUUGAGUUAUUAAAGAGCAAUCGUUUUUAAUUUCGGUGAUUUUAUCAUAGACACUCACGGACAAUCAUUCAGUCAGUCGGUCAGUAGGUCGGUCGGUCAGUCGGUCGGUCGGUCAGUCGGUCGUUAC